AUGGAAGGCAAGACUUCGAUUGGAGGCUCCUGGGAGGCCACAAUAGAAGACGCCAAAGCUGCCAACGCCCACGAACACUCUCUCACUGUCCGCCAAGCUCUCAAGGCCUAUCCGUGGGCUGUCUUCUGGUCUCUGAUUGUCUCCAUGUCCAUCAUCAUGGAAGGCUACGACACCAUCCUCAUCGGCUCGCUCUACGCCUAUCCGAGCUACGCCCGCCGCUUUGGUGCACAAGAUGCGGCCACGGGCACCUACCAGAUCGAGGCCAAGUGGCAGAGCGCCAUGGGCAGCGGACCUCAGGCCGGUGCCAUUGUUGGUGCACUCUUCAAUGGCUUCCUCAUCCAGCGUUAUGGCUACCGGCCAGCCUUCAUGUUUGGCGUCAUCUUGAUGGCAGCCUUUGUCUUUGUCUCCGUGUUUGGCAUGUCCGUUGAGCUUCAGGCCGUGGGUCAAAUCCUCUGCGGUAUUCCAUGGGGCAUCUUUGCAACUAUCGGCCCUGCCUACGCUUCCGAGUUGUGCCCUCUUCCUCUGCGAGCCUACCUCACCGCUUACACGAAUAUGUGCUUUGCGACGGGUCAGCUCAUUGGCGCUGGAGUCCUGAAAAGCUUCAUUGACCGAGAGGACGACUGGGCCUGGCGCGUUCCGUUUGCCCUUCAGUGGCUAUGGAUUCCUUUCCUCAUUGUGGCUUCCUUCUUUAUGCCUGAGUCGCCCUGGUACCUGGUGCGCAAGGGCAAAUAUGCCGAAGCGGAGAAGAGCGUACUGCGAUUGACGGCAGAACAUGAGAAGCCACAUGCUCGAGCGCUUGUAGCCCUGAUGAUCCACACCAACGAUAUCGAACGAGAAAUGGCCGAGGGUACUUCUUACUGGAACUGCUUCAAGGGCGUGGACCUGCGUCGAACUGAGAUUGCAUGCGUCUCUUUCCUUGGCCAAAUCACUUGUGGAGCCCAAUUUGCCUACUCUGCUACCUACUUCUACCAGCAGGCUGGUUUGGACUCCGAAACCGCUUACAAUCUGAACCUGGGCGGUACUGGUAUUGCGUUCUGUGGAACGAUUGCUUCUUGGUUUCUGAUGAGAUACUUCGGUCGGCGCGUUCUGUAUCUCACAGGCAUGUCUGGCAUGAGCGUGUGGUUGUUCAUCAUCGGUGCCUUGGCUACUAACACCCACAACCCGGCCGUGAAAUGGGUUCAGUCGGUUCUGUGUGUUGUCUGGCUUCUGACCUUUUCUCUUACGGUUGGGCCCGUCGGCUGGGCUAUUCCGGCUGAAGUGUCUUCCACCCGUCUUCGUUCCAAGACUGUGGUGCUGGCCCGAACCUCAUACUAUGUCGCACAAAUUGUCGCCAACGUCAUCCAGCCCUACAUGAUGAACCCGAGCGCCUGGAAUUGGAAGGGAUUGACUGGUUUCUUUUGGUUCGGCUUCGCAUUCCUCACAGUUGUUUGGGCCUUCUUCCGCCAGCCCGAGACAAAGGGACGAAGCUACGAGGAGCUCGAUCUCAUGUUCGAGGCCAAGCUACCUACAAGGAAGUUCAAGAGGUAUCAUGUCGAUGCAUACGUCGAUGAUAAGAGCAACCGCCUGCAAGAGUCUUAG